AUGGAGGAGAGGGAGGAACAAGCCCAGAAUCGUCCAAGCGACUACGUGCCCGAGGAAUCGUCCGAACUGGAGACUCCAUCCGAGGAAGAAUCUGCGCCAGAGUCUUACCUCAAGCAGGACUACGAAUACGAACCCGAGUCAGAGGCGACGAGCGAGUCAGACAUGGAGGACGAGAGGGACGCCUCCUUCGAGCAAGACGAGGAGGAGGAACAAGAAGAGCCGGAACAUGAGAAGGAACAGUCUGAAAGCGAAGAGACUAAUGAAGAAGAGCGGCACCAACACAGCAAGAAAUGGAUGCAGAGAGAGAUAUCCAACGAAGAAGAGGAGGAUGAGAAGGAUGCAGAGAGUGAUAUUCAUUCCAAGAAGUUAUAUGCUCCGAAAAAGAGGAGAAAGAGAAAGAUGCAGAAAGUGGUGUCCUCCGAUAAAGAGAUAGGAGAGAAGGAUGCAGAGAAUGAUAUUCCCGAAAGAAGAGGAGAAGAAGAAGGAAUGAUAGUGAUAUCCCUCGAAGAAGAGGAGGAAGAGAAGGAUGCAGAGUGA